AUGGCGGCUCUGCUCGGCCGUGCCUCCCCGGCGAGCCCUCCCCGGCUCCCAGCCAUCAGCGCCGGGGUUAAGCCAUCGCUGCUGAGCGCCGGCGCGGUGCGGGAAGGGCCUGGCUGGCAGCAGAGCCAGAAGGGCCAAUUCCUCACAAAUGCAGCCCAAAAAGAGCAUCGGGCAGGGGGUGAGCUCCAGCCUCGGCCCCAGUCGCAUGGAGUCUGCGCUGCCAGCAGCUUCUGCUCCCGCUCGCCGCUUAUCCAGCUUCAGGCAAAAUUUCUGUCCCAGGAUCAGAUUAAUGAGUUCAAGGAAUGUUUUUCCCUGUACGACAAGAAAGAAAAAGGCAAGAUAAAAGCCUCCGACCUGAUGGCAGUGAUGCGGUGCCUGGGAGCCAGCCCGACGCCAGGAGAGGUGCAGAGACACCUGCACUUGCACAAUAUCGACAGAAACGCAGAGUUGGAUUUCUCCACUUUCCUGAAUAUAAUGUACAGGCAAAUGAAGCAAGAGGAACCCGAGAGGGAAAUCCUCACGGCCUUGUCCAUGAUAGACAGGCAGAAGAGAGGCGUUAUCGCUGUUUCGGAGCUUAGAGCCAAACUUACAAGACUAGGAGAAAAGCUUUCCGAGGAAGAAGUUGAUGACCUGCUAAAAGAAGCCAAAGUUGGACCAAAUGGAACAAUAAAAUAUGAAGAAUUUGCCCGUGUCAUUUGUCUUCCUACAACUGACUACUAA